AUGUUCUCCCCGCUUGGAGCAAUCUCACGUAAAGAGAACAUCUUUACCUUAGUACCAAGGGAGGGACUUUGCUUGUUUCAGAAUUGCAAAGGCCUCAAAACAUUGUGGACAAGACCUGCAUUACAGUAUUACUACACAUUCUUACAACCCAUUCACUCUAAAGCCAUAACAAAUAUGGCACCGAAUCGAGGUCUCGUUCAUCCAAAAGAAUAUGAUAUCAAGGAUAGCAACGUGGAGCUGAUCGGGUCUGAUAUUGACCAUCAAGUCAAGUACAAUUCAGCGCUCACGGAGCCAGCUUGGAAUGAUGGCAAAGUUGGCAUCGAGCCUGGGCUAUUUAUCUGGCGCAUUGAGCAAUUCGAGGUCAUUCCUUGGCCAAGGGAAAAGUACGGCCAGUUCUGUGAUGGCGAUAGCUUUAUCGUACUCUUCUCGGAGCCGAUUGGCAGUAAUGAUGGUACCGAGAAGCUCGUUCACGACAUCUUCUUUUGGCUGGGAAAGCACACGUCACAGGAUGAAGCGGGAACCGCAGCGUACAAGACUGUCGAAUUGGAUGAGUUCCUCAAAGGCUCGGCAACCCAGCACCGAGAGAUUCAAGAGGCGCCUUCAGACGACUUUCUAGCACUGUUCCCACGAAUUUCAAUCCGGUCUGGCGGAGUUGAGUCUGGGUUCAGACACGUGGAAGAAGAAGAGGAACCAAAGCAGACGCUCACCUUGCUGCGUGUGUUUAAGAACCCAGCUGCUGGCGCCAACGGGGUUGUUGUUCACGAAGUCGAGCCCACCUGGACAAGCCUAGACGACACUGAUGUCUUUGUUUUGGAUGUUGGCGACAAGAUCUGGGUGUGGCAGGGCAAGGAUUGCAGUCCAAUGGAGAAGGCAAAGGCAGCUCAGAUCGUCCACGACAUGACUGUCGCUAAACACCCAGAGGUCGAAGUUAUUGCGCAGACUGAGUCCCGCUCGCGACGAAUUGUCGAUUUUCUUGGCGGCGAUGACGAAACACCCCGCGAAGGUUUCCACUGCAGGAAACCCUUUACUCCUCGUACCACUAACAAAGCGUCCAAGAAGCUAUUUAGACUGAGCGACGCAUCAGGACAGCUGUCGUUCGGUCUCGUCAAGGAAGCCGAACGCAUACUGCAUGACGAUCUAGAGAGCGACGAUGUUUUCUUGCUUGAUGAUGGUGGAAGAGCUAUUUGGGUCUGGCAGGGAAGCGGAUCGAGCGCUGCUGAGAAGAAGAGCUGGCUCAAGGCUGCACAGGCAUAUGUGCGGCACCUGCAGGCAGAGAGUGGGAAUGAAGAUGCGUAUCUUACGCCAGUGGCUAAGGUUGUUGAAGGUGGCGAAAGUCGGGCCUUUACAAGAGCUCUUGCUGCAUGA